AUGAAGUACAUCCCGCACCCGCAGCCGAGUCCGAUGUCGCCAAUCCGUGGAUGGCUGCCGGCGCAGGCCGAGUCCGUGCACUGGACGCUGCACCCAGCGAGCCCAGCCAGGAGCCGGAGGAGGAGGCGCCCUCUGACGGACGACCUGGCCGUGUUCGCCAAGCAGUUCAAGCAGCGCCGGAUUAAGCUGGGCUUCACGCAGGCCGACGUGGGCCUGGCGCUCGGCACGCUCUACGGCAACGUCUUCAGCCAGACGACCAUCUGCCGCUUUGAGGCGCUGCAGCUCAGCUUCAAGAACAUGUGCAAGCUGAAGCCGCUGCUGCAGAAGUGGUUGGAAGAGGCCGACUCUACCACGGGCCUGACGGCAUCCGUCGAUCGGAUGGCCGCGCAGGGCCGAAAGCGGAAGAAGCGCACCAGCAUCGAAGUGUCGGUCAAGUCGCUGCUGGAGCAGCACUUCAUGAAACAGCCGAAGCCGGCGUCGCCCGAGAUCAGCAGCCUGGCCGGCUCACUGCAGCUGGAGAAGGAGGUGGUGCGCGUCUGGUUCUGCAACCGCCGCCAGAAGGAGAAGCGCCAUGACACCGCUGGGCCCGUGCACGGGCUACGAUAA